UAGGUGCAUAUAUAAAUGUCAUUUCAAGAUGUUGUAACCAGUAUGAAGAAGUUUUGACAUCAUGAAGUCUGUAUUCAAAUUAGAAUCAUUUUUAUUAGUGAUUCUUUUUUAUAUAAACGUGAAUAUUAUAUAUUGCGUUAAUUUACAAAAUGUCGAAAAUCUAACAAACGAAACCAGCUACAAAUCGUACAAUAUUGGCGUCGAUAUGGGAAUAAUAAAUCCUGAAAAAUAUUCCUUCGAGUCAUUUAAGACAGAUGAACAAAGCAUCUUUAGAGACUUGUACAAGGACUAUAUUUCAAUGAAUGGUAGUCAGCUGGUCAAUUACGAGGAGUGGCUUAUUAUGAACAAUUUCGGUAUACUCUCCGACACACAGGAGUCUCUGUUUGAGAGGAAGAUAUCUAAAAGAAGCACAGCCGAUAAUAAAAGACGGUUCGUAAAUACAGUUAGGAAAGGAGACAUUUUGGUAACGGGCCGAGGCAUCGGAGGUUUGGUUGGACAUGCCGCAAUUAUGACUACUGACUAUUGGGUUUUGGAGAUGCCUGGUGGUGCAGGUUGGCAGAAGGGAAUUAAAGAUAAUAAUAGACAGAUAAGCAAAUAUAAGUGGUUCGAUGAACAUGCUUCCGAUUGGACCACUGUGUACCGUUGUCCGAAUGGCAACGCUGCAAAUGGUGCGGCGGUUUGGGCUGACCAUACGUAUUAUAAUCCUAGUGGAGGUUCUAAGAAAACGAAGCAUAUUACAUACAAAAUAACUAUUGAUGUGUGGUCAACAAAUCCUAGUUACUGUUCGAAGUUGGUGGUACAAGCGUAUUACUUCGGAACUGGGUCGAAGAAGGUCAUCAGCAGUGACAUCUCACUGAGACGAGUCAUCGUUCCAUCUACUAUACCUUCGUAUUUUCUAAGCCCGUAUAAACUGAAAAAUAUGGGUAAAUAUUGAUUGGGACUGAUCUUAUCACGCGAAUCGUUUACUACAUAUUAGUAUUAUAUAUAAUAAAUGUUAAUAUUUUGAUAAAACAAAUUAAACAUGAUAAUCGAUAAUUGUCCAUAGUACUAUAAGUAUUAGCGUAUUAAUUUAAUACUAGACUGUGAUUAAUAUUUAUCUAUUUAUUUAAUAAUAAUAAUAUUACGAUUUUUUUAUUUAAUAAAUCAAAGGCAAUAAGA